CCCGUGGCUGGGGAAGGGGGGAAUCCCCGUUGCCCAGCAACCGGAGGCCCUUGGUGUAUACAGUGUCACCAGGGCGACCAGAAGCCCCAUCCUGCCCUGGGGACAGAGCGGCUGGUGCUGCCCCACUGACCGCACCCAGCCGACCGUGCCCCGCGACCCCCGGUCCCCGCCGGGCCCCUCUCAGGCAGCCGGCGCCAUGGAGCAGACAGACGUGCUCGUGACCAAGCAGCCAGCCCCCCAGUCCGUGCCGCCCUGCGAGCUGCCCCACAAGGUGUACGAGGUGGCCCGCAACACGGGCGCCCACACGUCCUCGGGCCUGGCCACCGCCGGCUUCCGCACGGCCAAGUACCUGGAGGACGAGUGGUUCCAGAACUGCUGCGCCCGCUGCCACCAGGCCUUCGCCGACCGCGACCAGUCGGAGCGGCAGCGGCACGAGAGCCGGCAGCUGAUGGGGGAGACGGAGGUGCUGGCGUGGCGCACGCAGCAGGACUCCAUGGGCAAGGUGGGCCAGCGGCUUGAGGACAUCCAGCGCUGGAAGUCGGAGCUGCAGCGCGAGGGUGACGACCUGGCGGCCGAGGCCGGCCUGCUGCUGGCCGAGAAGCAGCGGCUGGAGCGUGCCCUGGACGCCACGGCCCUGCCCUUCUGCAUCGUCACCGACAACCUGCAGUGCCGCGAGCGCCGCCAGCACCCCGACCUCGUGCGCGACUGCGUGGAGGUGGAGCUGCUCAAGGAGGCGGAGCUCAUCCGGAACAUUCAGGAGCUGCUGAAAAGAACCAUCGCGCAGGCCGUGCACCAGAUCCGGCUCAACCGCGAGCACAAGGAGACCUGCGAGCGGGACGGGUCGGACAAGGCCGAGGCCCACAGCAUCGACGAGCGCUGCGCGCGCUACUGCAACCAGAGCACCGACGUGCAGUCGCACCCGCACUCGGCCGCCAACGCGGAGAGCGCCUCCACGCCCGAGACCUGGGCCAGGUUCACCCAGGACAACCUGUGCCGCGCCCAGCGCGAGCGGAGGGCCUCGGCCAACCUGCGCGCGCUCAUCCACUGCGUCCUGCAGGACGCGGGCGAGGACCUGCGGCUGCAGUGCGACGCCGUGAACCUGGCCUUCCAGCGCCGCUGCGAGGAGCUGGAGGACGCGCGCCACAAGCUGCAGCACCACCUGAACCAGGUGGGCCCCGACCAGGCCCCCGUGGCCCCUCUCGGCCCCGCACAGCCUGAGGGAGCCCCGGAGCAGACCCUGCGGGAGAUAACGGACCAGGAGCACAACGUCGGGGCGCUGAAGCAGGCCAUCAAGGACAAGGAGGCGCCGCUGCGCGUGGCCCAGACCCGGCUGCACCAGCGCGCGCAGCGGCCCAACGUGGAGCUGUGCCGAGACACCGCCCAGUUCAGGCUGAUGAGCGAGGUGGAGGAGCUGAACAUGUCCCUCGCGGCACUGAAGGAGAAGCUUCUGGAAGCCGAGCAGUCGCUGCGCAACCUGGAAGACACGCGCAUGAGCCUGGAGAAGGACAUCGCAGUCAAGACCAACAGCCUCUUCGUCGACCGCCAGAAGUGCAUGGCCCACCGCGCCCGCUACCCCACUGUCCUGCAGCUGGCGGGCUACCAGUGACCCGGCCCACGAGUCCCCCACCCCAAUAAAGAGCACGUUAGCUUUCC